AUGUUUAGAAAUGCUUUAUGUUUAAAAAUUUUUAAUAUAAUUUUAAGUUACUCCUACCUGCAAUUUAUUAUUUUUAAAGAGGAAUAAUUAUAACUCUUAAGUAUUUAUGCUUUUAAAAAAAACAUAGAUGAUGGUAUUUGGUAUAAAGAUGUGGUAUCCUUAACAAAGAUUUUAUUGAUUAGCUAUUCACAAAAUUAGAAAACAAUAUCAAUCAUAAUCCAAUAAUAAAUGGAGAACAAAAUUAUUUAGCUAUAAAGAGCAAAAAUAAAUACAUCUUCCUUCUACAAAUCCAAGUAUAACUUAAAAAUAAGAAACCUCAUAAAUAUAGAAGUAUAGAUUAUCUAAUUGGAAUAUAUCUAAAGGACACAUUUCAACUAUUCCAGCUUUGACAAAAACUCCAUGUGGACACAAUUAACGAAUGUGUUACAGGAGGAAAAAUUUUGUUAGAAAGUUGUAUUUUUUUAAUGUUUGUAUAAAUUUCAAAUAAUUUUAGUAUUUUUAUUUUAAAAUACUUUUAUUUUUAUUAUAAAGUAAAUAGAUAUUAAUCCUUUAGUUUACUUAAAAUAAUUGAAAUUAAGGCAAAUUUUGAUUCCCAGAGUCUAAUUAAGAACUAAGUGUAUGUGGAAAUAAAAAUUAAGUAAAAUAAUUAAAUUUCAAUUCAUAAUUCAUGAUAAAUUAUUUUCAAUUCAGAGUAAAUUAAAACUUAAAAAUUAUUAAUCUUUAUUACAAAAAACCUCAUCCACAUAUUAAUUCAAUAUUUACUUUUUAGUGGGAUUUAGUACUAAAAUAAUUGAUAUAAUAUAAUUUUUCUAAAAAAGCCCAAAAGCUUAAUAAUUAAAAAACAAAUAACAAAAAAAGAAAUCAUCCUGUUAUUAAAUAAAUGAAAAUUUAGAAGAUCGAUCUGUUUUCUUAACCGUUUUAAUUUAAAAUAGGAAAGAAUUAAACUAGGAAAAGAACCAUUUUCGGAGCUAUUUUGUCUAUUUCCGUAAUAACCAUCAUCACAGGCUAUUAUAUUUAUCUCCUAUAUCAGUAUUUAAAUAAUCUAUAUGA